CUCAGUUAAUCUUGUUCUGUGUUUGUUUACCCAUUUUGUGCAGUGAAAUCUGAAUAAUUCAAAUUAUGCUACAAGCUACGUGUCGUGUUUUCGGACUCUCUAAGGCUCACCUGUGUAGGUCAUUGCCUGGUGUCUCAGCGUAUAACGUUCGUCUUACCGCUUGCGACUGCACCGGGAUUAAGGAAGCUCCGAUACUUGACAAUGAGGCUUUCCUCGCCAGUCCCGAGGAGGCCAGAAUGAGGAAUAAUUUGGAGUCCACUAUUAUGGUACCGACUAUGGUCGACCUCACACCCAUAUCGGGGUUUCCUGAAGAAUUUCUUAGAACACGUCGCGUUCGUAUCUACCAGCCCCCUAAGAAUGCCAUGCAGAGUGGAACUAACAACAUACGUCACUGGGAACUAGAGUUCGACACGCAGCAGCGAUGGGAGAAUGCCUUGAUGGGAUGGACCUCCACGGGAGAUCCACUGUCCAACCUGAAAAUGAAGUUUCCUUCCCCUCAAGAGGCCAUUGACCACUGCGAUAAAAAUGGAUGGAUGUGGUACAUAGAUGUGCCGAAAACUGAUAGAGAAUUCAAGCCUAAGGCUUAUGCUACUAACUUCUCUUGGAACCGACGUUCUAGAAUUUCUACCAAGUAGAUUUCAUUUAUUUCUUUUAAUUUUGAUUAAUAAAAAGCUAGCGGAAUUCGCAUUUCAGAAAGGAAAAUGAAAAUCAUUUUUCUAUAUUUUCGUUUAAUCAUAGUUUUCAACAUGGUUAAUUUAUAUUUUGUACCUCGGAAGAAAAUCAUAUUUCGCAGGUCUCACUUAAAGUUUUAUUUACAUAUCAUACAAUUUAAACAUAUUUUACACAAAUUAUAUUUGAACCAUGCUCAACACAUGCUUUAAAUAUUGCAAUUUCACUAACUACCAUUAGUUUUACAUGUACAUCGUACAUAAUUAAAUUAUAGAGUUUAAAGGAUUUUCUAACAACCUUUUUAAUUUAUUAACUAUAGAUAAAAUUAUGAAAAAUUAUUGCAUCCUCUUUUUAUCUAUUUACAUAGUAACGAACAAUAGUUGAGAAUUAAUCUAUUCUAUUAGAACAUUUUUAUUAUGAUGCCCUUUUUAACAAUUUAAAUUUCAAUAGUGAAUGUGGGUCGUUUAUUGAAAUAUUACAAGGAUUCAAAGCAAAAUGUGUAAAACUUGAUAUAAAGCGAAGUGGUACAAAUAUUAUACGUUAAGGUGUCAGCAUCUAAAAUUCUAGAAUAUGUAAUUCGAAACAGGCCUCGAAAAAUUCUACAUACAAAUAAAUACAAAAAGGGUUUGGUCAAGAGUAAAUUCACAAAAUAAUCGACGACAUUUUGGUCCUUAAUAAAUCGAAAGAAUACACGAUAAAGUAGGUACCUGUUGAAGUUUUCUACACAAUAUUAAAGGGAUGUAUUAAAAAGAUAAAAUUCAAUUUUAUUAGCUUUUUU